UUUUCUUGUUGCCGAUUUGCUACUGAGGGAGUUCGGCAAGUCCUUCAAUUGUUAAAUGAGGGGGGAAACUCUGCCGAGUGAGAGCAGCAGAGUUCACAGCCUGUAAAAAUGGAUGUUGAAUGUGAAAAUGUGGAAGAAAUUGUCUUUGAAAGAGUGGACAGGGACUCGAUUGAAUUAUUGUGUGCUAAUGAGGCAACUCCCAUUCAUAUAACUCCUGCUCCAGAAGAGACUGCCAAAAUAUUGGACAUUGAGCAUCUAGGCAUGGAACAGAGGCCAGAUGAUAUAAUCGCUCAUGAUUCUUGUACAAACCAAGGCUCUAAUGAUGUUGAUGUCCAAGAGAUGGACAUAGGACUGAAGACAAAUUUUAUUGCCCUUCAGAAAACUUGUAUAAACCAAGACUCUACAGCUUUGGACUCCCAUGUGUUGGCCAAUGGACAAAAACCAAAUGCUGUGUUGCCUCAUGAGUCUUGCAUAAACCAGGGCUUAAAUUACAUGGAUGCCAAGACAAUGGACAUAAGACAGACCUCACACCUGAACAAACCACAUCUGUGUAUAACUUCAAAGCCAGAUAGCCAAGAACCACAGGAUUCUGGAAUAUCAUUGAGGCAAAGUAGCACGGACACACAGGAGCCAAGCCUACACAUGGACAGAUGUGAGACAGUCAUGAACCAGAGUCCACAAAUUAUGAUAUUGCAGGAGUCCAACACUGAGCCAGUGUCAGAUAACUCUUGUAUAAAUGAACCCAGCAUGAAUCUGAUACCAGACAAUGGCAUACAAGAUCUAAAUAUUCAACAUAGCCCAACAAAUACUGGUUUGGUGGAGUCAAAAACAAGACAUAACUUGCAUAACACACAAAAUCCAAGCAGGGAAGAGAUUUUAGAUAAUACAGGGACACAUAAUUUAUGCACAGUUCUUAACAAAUAUCACAUGGACUCCCAUGUAAUCCAGUCCUAUGAUGAACAAGGCAAAUGUCAGAGAUUGGAUAUAGAAAAUCAAAAUAUGGGAAUAAAGCAAAGUAUAGAUCAUGUUGAGCUGAGUUCACAUAUAGAAACCAAAUGUACUUUAAAAAAGAGUCCAGAUAUCGAGGGUGCCCCCAACAUUGGAAUUCAGCAAAACCUAGAAGACAUUAAUGCACAGGACGUAAGUGUGAGUAGUUCAGGUCCCACGAAUUCUGACCUGAAGCUGAGCCCAGAUAACACAGUCACAGUGGCACCAGAAGUUUCAGUUCAUAAUGCUGUUACAGAAACUAUGGCCCACACACAGAUGGAUUCUUGCCAACCCGUUUCCUGUUCUGUGCCGGGAGUUUGCAGUGUUUGCCACUCACUUUUCACCCAGAACACAGGAGCUGUCCUGCUGCACUCUGACGCCCCAGGGCAAGUCUACUCAACAAGCUCCUCUGUAGAUAGAAUUAUCCAAAGCUCUAUUAACCCUCAGCUUAUUCAGGGCUGCAUCAUGACAAGCUCCGAGGGCAAGAACCAAGAGAUUACGCAGUACCUAAUCCUGCAGGAUUCAGAUGACGCUCCUCCUAAUUACCAGCUAACACUGAGUCCUGUGGCACAUGGUGAGAUGUCUCCAUCACAUGGCUCUUGUGGACCUGAGGGUGUGUCUGAUAUGGAAGCUCUCGAAGGGAUGAUGGAAGUUGUAAUAGUGCAACAAUACAAGUGUAAGAUGUGUCAGUACAAGAGUGUGUCCAAGACCACGUUGUUGCGCCAUGUGAGAGAACGUCAUGUCAAAAGAGGUAAGAAUGAGCAAAAGGACAAGGAUAGAAAACCAGAGCAGACACAGGAAGAAGAGGAAGAGGAGGAUGAUGAUAUUGUGGAUGCUGGAGCCAUAGAUGAUCCAGAUGGUGACAGUGACUACAGCCCAGGAGAAGAGACAAGUCGCAAUUAUCAGUUUGAAUCUUCCAAUGGAACCCUUGCGAGGGAAAGACCACGUAGACGGCCUGGACGUCCACGUAAGAUUCAGCGUACUCAGGGUCCUGAGGUGGACACUACAAUGCCAACAGCUACAGACAAUCAGGAUGAAGUUGCCACCAGUACCCCUGCCACUGAAAACAACGGUCCCACUUCUAACAACCACGAGGAGCAGAAACUACCCAAUAGAACACGUGGAUACAUCCCUAAAAAUUUCCGUGGCAGAAAGUACAGAAGGUAUCGAAGUCGCAGGUACUACAAGCCGCCAAAUAAGCAGUUGCUCAGGCCAUUCCUGUGUCGUGUGUGUGGUUCCCGUUUCCUUACACUUGAGGAUUUUACGUUCCACGUGAGCUCACAUGAUGGGAAUGAUCCUCAGACCUAUCGGUGCCUUCAGUGUAGUUAUCAGUGUCGUAGAUGGUCUUCACUUAAGGAACACAUGUUUAACCAUAAAGGAAACAAACCACACAAAUGUGAACAUUGUGAUUAUACCAGUGUGUACAAGAAGGAUGUAGUCAGACACGCAGAAAUACACAAACGAGAACAAAAGAAGAAAACAGAAAUGCCCGUGAAAGAAAGUUCCUACCCGUGUCCUGUGUGUAACCGUGUUUAUAAUAUGCAAAAGAGGUUGACACAACAUUUGAAGACUCACAGUGCUGAGAAACCACAUAUGUGUGACAAGUGUGGAAAAGCAUUCAAGAAGCGUUAUACUUUUAAAAUGCAUCUUCUGACUCACCUUCAGAGUGUGGACAGCACCAGGUAUAAAUGCGAGUUCUGUGAAUACAUGUGUGAAGAUCGGAAGCAGCUUCUGAAUCAUCAGCUCACUCACAUGAAUGACAAACCAUUCAAAUGUACUCAGUGCAAGUAUCACACCUACCGUCAGGACUUCUUGCUGUCCCACCAAGCCACCAGGCACGCAGGUGGAAAGCCAUUUGCUUGUGAUUAUUGUCACUUCCAUACCAAACACAAGAAGAAUCUGCGCCUCCAUGUGAAGUGUCGACACGCGAACCUGUUUCAAGAGUGGGUCCAGCGCCACCCUGAGGAAACCCCAAGCCGUCAGCUACCCUUUUUCUCCACUCAACAAAUUGAAAAACUGAAACUGCAACAUGACCAGUUGGAGAACCCUGCUCAACAAGCACCAGAAGUUGAGAACCCCCAGACACAACUAGCAAUGCUGCACCAACCGACACAACAAGCAGGAGAAGAGCAGUCUCAGAACAGUCUGGAAACUGCUGCAAUCAUAUAUGACCAAGGUGAGGAAGAACUCACGACUCGAGCUGCUCUUGACUUGCUUUUAAAUAUGAGUGCACAAAGAGAUGCUUCUGGUGAUGGCCUGCAGGUUGCUGUGGUUAAGUCUGGCACUUGUGGGGAUGGUCAAGGAUCGGAGGCAUCAGAUGGUGCCCAAGAACCACCAAUGACUCAGGUCUUGACCCUGCAUAUGGAUGAAAGAGAAGUGUCAGAGGUUCAUCAGGCUGGAUUUGAGGAGACAGGCGUGCAGCAGAUCACCAUUAACACAGCAUUCACAGCUGCAGAGUAUAGUCUAAUAAAUGCAGAGAACAUCCAGACAUCGCUUUGCAGUGAUGCUGACAUCCCAAAUGAUUCCCCUCAAACUCUUCUGGGUGAGAAUUUAAAAGACAAAAGGGCACUUCAGGUCCUACGCAAGCCUCGACAAGUUCAGCUUGCCUCAGGUAAUUCUCCUCCACCUCCUGUUGCUAAGAAGUUUUCCUGUAAGUUUUGCAGUUCCUCCUUCUGGGGUCGAGCAGAAAUGGAGAGUCACAAGAGAGCACACGUAGAGGGAAGCAAUGGAUUUAAGUGCCACGAUUGUAACUUCAUUGCACCGUCCUGGCCUGAAGUUCGGGAUCACAUGACGUUGCAUGCUGAUCUUCGUCCUCACCGCUGCAAUCAAUGCAGUUUUGCCUCCAGGAAUAAGAAAGAUUUAAGUAGACAUGCCAUGACGCACACCAACCACAGGCCGCACUUCUGCCAUUUGUGUGGACAAAGGUUUAAUCGGAAAGGUCAUCUGAAAUUCCACAUACAGCGACUACAUAAUGGAGGCAGCGUUCCACAGCCUGAGAAUGAAGAGCUGACAUCCGGGCCCCCUUUGGAAGAGGAACAUGUGUUCUUAACGCAGGAGGAAACUGUUACUAAUCAGGAGAAUACAGCUUACAUCCAAGAAAUUACAACGGCGGAUGGACAAACCCUUCAGCAACUGGUCACCGCAGAUAACCAGGUGCAGUACAUUAUUUCACAGGAAGGAGUCCCUCACCUACUUCCACAGGAAUAUGUAGUGCUGCCAGAGGGACACCAUAUUCAGGUUCAGGAUGGACAAAUUACCCACAUUCAGUAUGAGCCAGGAACGCAGUUUCUCCAGGACCCACAGAUUCACUUUGUUCCCAUGUCACCCACGCACCAGCUCUUAACACAGGAGCAGCUUGAAGCUGCUGCACACUCUGCAGUUACAGCUGUAGCGGAUGCAGCAAUGGCUCAGACAAUGUACACGACAGAAAGAGAAACUGCCUUACAGCAUGAGAUAGAAUAUGAUGUGAUCACUCUGACGGACUGAGGUUUUCAUCAACAGAGUUCUUGAGAACGGAUGUCCAGCUUCAAGCUCCCUUUAUGCAAUGCACUUUAUCAGAGAACGUAGAAGGUUCUAUAUGAAGAAGGCUGUGAUGGGACUGAUAUUGCGAACGCUAAUGCAACAGGACGUUGUUUUCUCCUUGAAUUUACAUCUGGCUGUGGAGUUGCCUGUUCCAGCAAGUUCUCUCUAAGUCAGGGAUCUCAAACUUGCCCCCACCACCAGAUAUUGAUGGCCUGCAACAUCCAAAAUUCUUUGAACGCAACAGUUAAUCAUGGGAUUUGUAGUUCAGCAACAACUGGGGGAAGAGUCCGAGAGACAGCAGUUUCUCACCUUCUGUUUUUCUUGCGGCAAUCCGUGUCGGAUUAUUUAAUUUCCAAAUUUACAAUAAUGGCACUAAACAUUUAAUGGCCAUAAGAUAAGUCAAGGAACGUGGUGUAAGGUAUUGGGAAGAUCUAAAGAUUUCUAGUCUGAUUAGGGAUUCUCACCCUUUAUCACAUUCAGAAGAUUAGGUCAGAUUUGGAGAUGUAAUCUCGAGAGUGCAUAAAUUCAGGUAAUCUCCCUUUCUACGUUGUUGCAAAUGAUGUGGUGGUGUUAAAAGAAAAAACAGGCUACUCACUGCUGUACAGCGAUGCCAUUUGCAUGUGAGCAAACUACUGAAUUUUUCCACUUUCUUUUCUUGUCUUUGUUUAAAAUUAAAUUCUGGUUGGUUAAGAGAUGUGAUCUUUGGAAGUGUCCAGUGUGGCCAACGAAAUAGUCCAGCAAGGGAAUUUAU